AUGGACAAAGUUACCAAUGUCCGUAACAUGUCCGUCAUUGCUCACGUCGAUCACGGCAAGUCUACUUUGACCGAUUCCUUGGUGUCCAAGGCCGGUAUUAUCUCUGCUGGUCGUGCUGGUGAAACUCGUUUCAUGGAUACCCGUAAGGAUGAACAAGAGCGUGGUAUUACCAUCAAGUCCACUGCUAUCUCCAUGUAUUUCCCUCUCGCCGACCCCAAGGAUGUUGAGGAAAUCAAGGGCCAAAAGGUCGAUGGCCACGAAUUCUUGAUCAACUUGAUUGAUUCUCCUGGUCACGUUGAUUUCUCUUCUGAAGUCACUGCUGCCCUUCGUGUCACUGAUGGUGCUCUUGUCGUCGUCGAUUGUAUUGAAGGUGUCUGUGUGCAAACUGAAACUGUGUUGCGUCAAGCCCUUGGUGAGCGUAUCAAGCCCGUCAUCGUCAUCAACAAGAUCGAUCGUGCUUUGCUCGAAUUGCAAUUGGAGAAGGAAGAACUUUACAACGCUUUCUCUCGUACCAUUGAAUCCGUCAACGUCAUCAUUGCCACUUACUUUGAUGAAGCUCUUGGUGAUGUGCAAGUCUAUCCUGAGAAGGGUACCGUUGCUUUCGCCUCCGGUCUCCACGGUUGGGGUUUCACUCUUCGUCAAUUCGCUGUCCGUUACUCCAAGAAGUUCGGUGUUGACAAGGAAAAGAUGAUGCAACGUCUUUGGGGUGAGAGCUACUUCAACCCUAAGACCAAGAAGUGGACCAACAAGGGCACUGAUGCUGAUGGCAAGCAAUUGGACCGUGCUUUCAACAUGUUCGUUUUGGACCCCAUCUACAGAAUCUUUGAUUCUAUCAUGAACUUCAAGAAGGACCAAACCGCCACCCUUUUGGAGAAGCUCGAGAUCAAGCUUACCAAUGAAGAAAAGGAUCUUGAAGGCAAGCAACUUCUUAAGGUUGUUAUGCGCAAGUUCUUGCCUGCUGGUGAUGCUCUUUUGGAAAUGAUCUGUAUCCACUUGCCUUCCCCCGUCACUGCCCAAAAGUACCGUGUUGUCAACUUGUACGAAGGUCCUACUGAUGACGAGUGCGCUGUUGGUAUCCGUGAUUGUGACCCCAACGGUCCUCUUAUGAUGUACGUCUCCAAGAUGGUUCCUACCUCCGAUAAGGGUCGUUUCUACGCUUUCGGUCGUGUCUUCUCUGGUACCAUCCGUGCUGGUCUUAAGGUCCGUAUCCAAGGUCCUAACUACGUCCCUGGUCAAAAGAACGAUUUGGCUAUCAAGUCCAUUCAACGUACCGUUCUUAUGAUGGGCCGUAACACUGAAGCCAUUGAUGACUGCCCUGCUGGUAACAUUAUUGGUCUUGUUGGUGUUGAUCAAUUCCUGGUCAAGUCUGGUACCAUCACCACCUCCGAGUCUGCUCACAACAUGAAGGUCAUGAAGUUCUCUGUUUCUCCUGUUGUGCAAGUUGCCGUUGAUGUCAAGAACGCCAACGAUUUGCCCAAGCUUGUUGAAGGUCUUAAGCGUCUUGCCAAGUCCGAUCCUUGUGUCUUGACCUACACCUCCGACUCUGGUGAACACAUUGUUGCUGGUGCUGGUGAACUUCACUUGGAAAUUAUCUUGAAGGAUCUUGAAGAGGAUCACGCUCAAGUCCCUAUUCGCACUGGUGACCCCGUUGUCCAAUAUCGUGAGACCGUCACUGCUGAGUCUUCCAUGGAUUGUUUGUCCAAGUCUCCCAACAAGCACAACCGUAUCUACAUGCGUGCUGCACCUUUGGAUGAUGAGCUUGCUAACGAGAUCGAAGCUGGCAAGAUUGGUCCUAAGGAUGAUUUCAAGGCUCGUGCUCGUAUCCUUGCUGAUAAGUAUGAGUGGGAUGUUACUGAGGCCCGUAAGAUUUGGUGUUUCGGUCCCGAUGCCACUGGUCCCAACCUUGUUGUUGAUGUCACCAAGGCUGUUCAAUACUUGAACGAAAUCAAGGAUUCUUGUGUUGCUGCUUUCCAAUGGGCUACCAAGGAAGGUCCUCUUGCCGAAGAAAACUUGCGUGGUACCCGCUUCAACAUUCUUGAUGUCACUCUUCACGCUGAUGCUAUCCAUCGUGGUGGUGGUCAAAUCAUUCCUACCUUCCGCCGUGUUGUGUAUGCUUCCAUGCUCACUGCUCAACCUGGUAUCCAAGAGCCCAUGUACCUUGUCGAAAUCCAAGUUCCCGAAAGCGCCAUUGGUGGUAUCUACUCUGUUCUCAACCGUCGCCGUGGUGUUGUCUUCUCUGAGGAACAACGUCCUGGUACUCCUAUGAUGACCGUCAAGGCUCACAUGCCCGUCAACGAAUCUUUCGGCUUCACUGCUGAUCUUCGUGCUGCCACCGCUGGUCAAGCUUUCCCUCAAGCUGUCUUUGACCACUGGUCUGCUAUGAGCGGUGAUCCUUUGACCCCUGGUAACAAGGUCUACGACAUCAUCCGUGCCGUCCGUAAGAGAAAGGGUCUUGUUGAGGACAUUCCUGGUCUUGACAAGUACUACGACAAGUUGUAA